AUGGCCGCGAAACUGAUCGAGAGGCAUUUCCACAAUGUCCCAGGCAGGCUGCGCGUGGGGGAGCUGUUCUUCGAUGUCCCCGUGGACUACAGCAAGCCUAAUGACGGCACCCUGAGGCUCUUCGCCCGCAGUGUCUACCGUCUGGCGAGCCAAGCGGAGCCUGUUAAAAACGAUAAACAGCUGCCCUGGCUGGUCUAUCUUCAGGGUGGUCCGGGGAUGGGAUGUCGUGCCCCGCAAGAUUAUGGCUGGGUGGGUUCGGUGCUCGACAAGGGGUAUCAGGUCCUCUUUCUCGAUCAGCGUGGUACUGGUCUGAGCUCGACGAUCACCGCUGGUACUCUUGCCCGACAGGGCAACGCAAUCAAGCAAGCUGAAUAUCUGAAGAACUUCCGCGCGGACAACAUCGUUCGUGACUGUGAAGCUAUUCGUCGCUGUUUAACCGCAGACUCUCCCGAGGAUAAACGGAAAUGGAGUGUCAUCGGUCAAUCCUUUGGUGGAUUCUGCGCCGUGACUUAUCUUUCCAUGUUCCCAGAAGCGUUGACUGAGGCUUUUAUCUGUGGCGGCCUUCCUCCGCUUGUCAACGGUCCGGAUCCGGUUUAUGCUCGCACUUACGAAAAGGUUCAGCAGAGGAAUGAGGCAUACUACGCCAAAUUCCCCGAGGACGCAGAACGUGUUAAGGAGAUCAUCAAACAUCUGGAAGAGAACGACGUCAAGGUGUCAUCGGGAACACUUACACCCGCACGGAUCCAGCAACUUGGUAUCAUGUUUGGCAUGCACGGUGGUCUCGAUAGCAUUCACGACCUUAUCCUGCGCGCCUGGAAUGACCUGAGAACCUUCGGCUCCCUCACUCGCCCGACUCUCACCACUAUAGAUGGCUAUGGUGGCUACGACAACAAUGUCAUCUAUGCUAUCCUUCAUGAAGCUAUUUAUUGUCAAGGACAAGCCUCGACUUGGUCCGCUGACAGGCUUCGAUCAGCUAACCCGCUGUUCCAGAUCGACAACAACAAGCCAGAGAUCUACUUCACGGGCGAGAUGAUCUACAAAGACAUGUUCGAAUCAUACACCGAACUCAAAAAAAUCCAAGAAGCAGCAGAAAUCCUCGCCACAACUGAAGACUGGCCGGCCUUGUACAACGAAGCACAGCUAGCGAAGAACCAAGUCCCCGUCUACGCGGCAACAUACGUCGAUGAUAUGUAUGUCCACUUUGAGCACUCGACCAACACAGCUGCAAAGAUCAAGGGUAUUAAACAGUACAUCACCAAUACGAUGUAUCAUGAUGGUCUCCGCAGUCGGUCGGACGAGCUUAUGCGCCAGCUGUUUUCUCUCCGGGAUGACUCGAUAGAUUAG